CCGCGGUUGCCAAGGCUCGUCUCGCCAAAAUUCCCCGCCUAAAAGUUUGGUUUCUAAAGUGCUUGAAGAACUCUGUCGCGAAUCUUUUUCUUUUCUUGUUUAUCACCACCCCCAACUGCACAAUCCAUACCACGUCGCCGUCACCAUGCCCAAGUCGAAGCGCGCCAAGGUGGUUCACCUAUCCCAGACCGACAAGAAAGGCAAAGAGCUAUCACUGAAGCUUUUCGCCGACGUCCAGGAAGCCGCCAACAAUUACCAGCAUGUUUUUGUUUUUGCCGUAGAGAAUAUGCGCAAUUCUUACCUCAAGGAGGUCCGCGCCGAGUUCUCAGAUUGCCGGCUGUUCUUUGGCAAAACGAAAGUCAUGGCAAAAGCUCUGGGGCUGACACCCGCAGACGAGCACCUUACCAACCUCUCCAAGCUUUCCAAAUACCUCGUAGGCAAUGUUGGCUUAUUCUUCACGAACCGACAGCCCCAGGACAUCAUCGAUUACUUUUCUGCCUACUCGCAAACCGAUUUUGCCCGCGCUGGCAUCACUGCCACUAGAACCUUCACUAUUCCAGCUGGUACCGUUCAUUCACGAGGCGGUGAAUUGCCGGUCGAUGAUGAUGUCCCGCUACCCCAUAGUCAAGAGGUUACUGUUCGCAAAUGGGGUAUGCCGACUAAGUUGGAGAAAGGCAAAGUCAUUCUUGACGCCCCUUACACAGUAUGCAAAGAAGGGCAAACUCUCAACAGUCAUCAAACUGCGUUAUUGAAAUUCUUUGGGAUAGCCAUGGCUGAUUUCAAAAUUGAGAUGAGGGCAUACUAUACAGCAUCUACAGAGCAGGUCAUUGAAGUAAAUACAAUGGAGGAAUAG